CGGAAAGUGAGAUGAUAUUUAAUGACCAGAGUACACCAAAUCUGUUACACGCGGUUUCCAUAUCGCUUAUCGCCAUUUCCUUUUUUUUUUUGGCGGGGUUCGCAUUUUCACUUCCACUGCACAAUGGAUCCCUAUGACAGUGACUCGAGUCUCGACGAGGAUUUCACCGAUACUGGUGUUCUUCUCGGUUAUGCCGCUGAGGAAGUCAUUGAAGACACAAUCAGCCAUCUAGGAGGCUGGCCCAAAUGGCUCGAUGAUGCCUCCCCAGCCCCAGGCGACUUCGCCAACUGCAAGGUCUGCAGUAGUCCAAUGCUCCUCCUUCUUGAGUUACACGGCGACCUGCCCGAUCAUUUUCCAACCGACGAACGGCGCCUUUACCUAUUCGGCUGCCCCAGAAAACCCUGCAACCGCAAGCCCGGGAGCAUCAGAGCCUAUCGCGCAACCCGCAAGGUAACAGUUGGCACAGAAAAGCCAAAGCAAACCGACGAGCCCAAAAAUGAAACCCCGCCUUCCGCCCCCGAGCAACCAAAGCAAGACCUCGGCGCAAGCCUGUUUGGCGCGACAACCUUAACCAACACGGUCUCCUCAAACCCAAACCCAUUUUCGUCCUUCUCAGGCCCAACACCCGCAGGAAGCAACCCCUUCGCAGCGCCCGUGCCAGGAACCCCAGCCGAGAAAAAGCCCGCACCCGCAAAACAAGAACAAUCCCUAGCGGAAUCCUUCGCGGACAAAGUGCGCGUCUCAGAACCAAACCCCUCAGCAGCCACGAAACAAACCCCGGAAUCAAGCAGCGACUCAACACCGUGGCCCGCGCAAUCCGCCUUCCCGCCCCCAUACAAGAACUUCUACCUAGACGCCGAAUACGAAACCCUCAGCCGGCCCUCAACACCCACAGUACCGGAAAACGUAACAAUGGAACCGAUGGACGAAGAGGGCAGCGGAGCCGCCGACCUAAAAGAUACCUUUGAGUCCGAGCUCGACAAAGCCUUCAUGAAAUUCUCCACCCGCCUCGCCCACAACCCAGAGCAAGUCCUGCGCUAUGAAUUCAACGGUGUGCCCUUGCUCUAUUCGCAUAGCGAUGCCGUCGGCGCGAGAUUCCACGUGGACAGUGCGCCUAAUGCGAAGGUUACUACUACGACGCUUGGCGCGGGCAGUAUCCCCCCUUGUGAGUAUUGUGGUGCGCCUCGUGUCUUUGAGUUCCAACUUGUGCCGCACGCUAUUAGUAUGCUUGAAGAGGGGCGUGCUGGUGUUGGACUUGGCAAGGAUGAUGCCGGGAUGGAGUGGGGGACUAUUAUUCUUGGAGUUUGUUCGAGGGAUUGUAAACCUGAUGGGCUUGGUAUUACUGGUUGGAGGGAGGAGUGGGCUGGUGUGCAGUGGGAGGAGAUUAGAUAGUUUAUAUUUACAUACAGUGGGCGAGGAAGACAAAGAGGUAGAUACUGCUAUUUUCGAAAGGGCAAUCCUAAAAGGACCCCAUUCUAGGCG